GGCAUCUCCACAGGCAGGCUGCAUCCACCUCGGCUGGGGUGUCGUCAUUGGCUGCCUAUUAGAAAAACUACAGGACAAUGCAUACCACCGAUGCCGACUGUAAACAUAGGGGAUGUGUGUUCACUUAGCAUGGACUUCUGGGAGGGGCUAAGGAAGGGCGGUCUGGAGUUUUAUUGAAUAGAGCUGUGUGUAUUAGGCUGCCUUCCUGCCUGCCCUCUUGCUGUGCGCCGGCUUAAAGAAAUCAGUCCUUCCUUUCCGACUUAGUCCUGGGAAAGAAGUUUCAGCCUGCGAGGUGUCAUUAAAACACUUCAAGAUCUUCCAGCUGAGUUCAUAAGGAUUGGUGGUCAACCAGAGGUUCACAAGAGGACAUCUGAUUGCUUACCUAUCCAGGCAUUACCUGGUCUCCCUGAACCUGAACCCACACCAUGGAUGAUUUUGAACGUCGCAGAGAACUUAGGAGGCAAAAGCGGGAAGAGAUGCGCCUGGAAGCAGAAAGAAUCGCCUACCAGAGGAACGACGAUGAUGAGGAAGAGGCCGCCCGGGAACGGCGCCGCCGCGCCCGCCAGGAAAGACUGCGGCAGAAGCAAGAGGAAGAAUCCUUGGGGCAGAUGACUGACCAGGUGGAGGUCAAUACCCAGAACAGUGUGCCCGACGAGGAGGUCAAGACAGCCACCACAAACACUCAGGUGGAGGGUGACGAGGAGGCUGCACUCCUGGAGCGCCUGGCCCGGCGGGAGGAAAGACGCCAAAAACGCCUUCAGGAAGCACUAGAGCGGCAGAAGGAGUUUGACCCAACAGUAACAGAUGCAAGUUUGUCGCUGCCAAGCAGAAGAAUGCAAAACAACAUGGCAGAAAAUGAAUCGGCAGAGAAGGAAGAAAAAAGUGAAAGUCGCCAAGAAAGAUAUGAGAUUGAGGAAACUGAAAUAGUCACCAAGUCCCACCAGAAGAAUGACUGGGGGAAUGCCGAAGAGAAAAAGAAAGAAGAGAAAGAAAAGGAGGAAGAGGAAGAAGAGAAGCCAAAGCCAGUGAGCAGUGAAGAAACUCAGGUAGAGGUGGUGGUAAAAGAGAAAACAGCAGAAUCCCAAGAGGAGACAGUAGUGCCACUGAAAAAUGGGCAGAUGAGUGCAGAGGAGCCUAAGGUGGAGGAGGAGAGGGGGGAAGCCUCAGAUGAGAUUGCCCAUAAUGAGAAGAUGGAAGAGGAAGCAAGGGAAAGGGCUGAGGCAGAGAGGGCCAGGUUGGAAGCAGAAGAAAGAGAAAAAAUCAAAGCUGAGCAAGACCAAAAAAUAGCAGAGGAGAAGGCAAGGGUAGAAGCAGAAGAAAAGGCAGCUGCACAAGAGAGAGAGAGACAGGAGGCCGAGGAGAGGGAGAGGAUUAAGGAGGAAGAGAGGAGGGCAGCAGAGGAGAGGGAGAGGAUUAAGGAGGAAGAGAAGAGGGCAGCAGAGGAGAGGGAGAGGAUUAAGGAGGAAGAGAGGAGGGCAGCUGAGGAGAGGGAGAGGAUUAAGGAGGAAGAGAGGAGGGCAGCAGAGGAGAGGCAGAGGGCCAAGGCAGAGGCAGAAGAGAGAGCUAAGAUAGAAGAGCAGAAACUGAAGAAGCAGCUGGAAGAGAAAAAAAAGGAAAUGCAAGAGAAAAAGGUAAAAGAGGAAAAGGUAGGACAGAAAAUAGAAGGGAAAGGGGUAAAUGAGAAGAAGGUACAAGAAGACAAACCUCAGACAGCUGUUCAAAAGAAACAGGAAGAAGAAAGGGGGGCUAAAGUGCAAGCUAAAAGAGAAAAGCCCCAGCAAGACAAGCCUGCCUUCAAAAAAGAAGAGAUCAAAGAUGAGAAGACUAAAAAGGACAAAGAGCGCAAAGAAGAAGUUAAGAGCUUCUUGGAUGGAAAGAAGGGAUUUACAGAAGUGAAGUCGCAGAACGGAGAAUUCAUGACCCACAAACUUAAACACACUGAGAAUACUUUCAGCCGCCCUGGAGGGAGGGCCAGCGAGGCCAAGGAGGCCGAAGGCGCUUCCCAAGUGGAAGCCGGCAAGCGACUGGAGGAGCUUCGCCGCCGCCGCGGGGAAACCGAGAGCGAGGAGUUUGAGAAGCUCAAGCAGAAGCAGCAGGAAGCAGCCUUGGAGCUGGAGGAGCUGAAGAAAAAGAGAGAGGAGCGGAGGAAGGUCCUGGAGGAGGAGGAGCAGAGGAGGAAGCAGGAGGAAGCAGAGCGAAAAGUCAGAGAGGAGGAAGAGAAGAGGAGGCUAAAGGAAGAGAUUGAAAGGCGAAGGGCAGAAGCUGCUGAGAAACGCCAGAAGAUGCCGGAAGAUGGCUUAUCAGAUGACAAGAAGCCCUUCAAAUGUUUCACCCCCAAAGGUUCAUCUCUCAAGAUAGAAGAGCGAGCAGAAUUUUUGAAUAAGUCUGUCCAGAAAAGCAGUGGGGUCAAAUCAACUCAUCAAGCUGCAGUAGUCUCCAAGAUUGACAGCAGACUGGAGCAAUACACCAGUGCAAUUGAGGGAACAAAAACUGCAAAACCUGCGAAGCCAGCAGCCUCGGACCUUCCUGUUCCUGCUGAAGGUGUCCGCAACAUCAAGAGCAUGUGGGAGAAAGGCAGUGUGUUCUCAUCCCCCUCGGCACCAGGCGCACCAAAUAAGGAAACUGCUGGCUUGAAGGUGGGCGUUUCCAGCCGCAUCAAUGAAUGGCUAACUAAAACCCCAGAUGGAAACAAGUCACCUGCUCCCAAACCUUCUGAUUUGAGGCCAGGAGACGUAUCUGGCAAGCGGAACCUCUGGGAAAAGCAAUCCGUGGACAAGGUCACUUCCCCAACUAAGCAGGUUUGAGACAGUCAAGAAAGAACCAAAGUAGCCACUCAAGAUGCUGGACCAGCUCAAUUGAAGAGGGCUAAUUUGCUCUGUUUUAUAUUUAUGUUGAUUUACUAAAUUGGGUUCAUUUCCUUUUGUUUUGUUUUUCAUUAUCCCAGUAAACCCAUGUAUAUUAUCACUAUAUUUAAUAGUCACAAUCUAGAGAUGUUCAUGGUAAAAGUACUGCCUUUGCACAGGAGCCUGUUUCUAAAGAAACCCAUGCUGUGAAAUAGAGACUUUUCUACUGAUCAUCAUAACUGUAUCUGAAUAGUGAUACCAACCACAUCGGAAGUCAACAAAAGAAGAUUCUAGCUGAAAAUUGCCUGAGGAAUGUGUGCAGUUUCCAGAAAAAUGAACCGUAGUGGGUUUGUUUUGUUUUUAAAUACAGAAGUCAUGUUGUUUCUGCACUUUAGAAUAAAGCAUGGAAGAAAUUAUCUUAGUAGGCAAUUAUAACACUUAAUGAAAGUAACCCAUUUCAGAUUUGAGAUAUUACAAUAACGAUUAUCUUUAAAAAAAAAGAUAUACUGUUAAGGUAUUACUUUUUUCAUGCUGAUGAAUAUCAAAGUUGGAUUAUGAUGUUAGCUGACAGUGGUACUGAUUUCUUUAGGUUGGUUGCUUUGUGGAUUUCUUUGGUAGUAAUAGUGAACCACAUUUAAGAUGACCUGAUCAUGUAUGUAUGUGCAUACACGUAUACAAACACACUAAUGGUAGAAAGCUUUUUUAUGUGCUAGGCUAUUAUAUUUAGCAGUAUGUCCCUGUAACUAGCCAAUAUCACUGCUUUUUAAAAAUUAAAAAUCACAGUAUUAUGUUAAUAUUUCAUAUUUGCCAAUAGAGACGUGGCAGAAUAGGUAUCGAUAUGUUUUCAUUGCCUGAUAACGUAUAAGAAAAAGAGAGAGAUUAGAAGUGUCAAUGAGUUGACAUUUUCUAUAAAACAUAGUAUUUAGUUUAUAAUUAAAAGAAAUCUUGAAGUCCAGUGUGAAUUGUACGAAAUCUACCAUCUAGGUCAAACUCAAAGUGCACUCAAAACUACAUUGUUAAGAACCAAGUUCACAAUAGGUUGGCUUAGAUGAUACCUGAGGUCUCUUCCAUCUCUAAAAUUUAAAGGUAAGAAUUUUAAUGACAAAAUUGUACAGAUUGGAAUUCCAUGCAUAGGUGUACUAAAACCAUCUUUGGCUAAUCUCCGGAAGCAGAGAAGAAAAGUGAGCAAAAGCCAGUAUUUAGGAAUCAUGACAGUACAUCCAUCUUUGAUAUACUGAAACAUCUUUUUAGUUAAACUCUUCUAUCUUUAUUAGUCAUUGGUACUUACCAUAAGUUGAUAAUAUGUUGAACUUUCAAAAAUACAUGUAAUUUUUAUUUCUUUUACCUUUUUCCCCAAGAGUCCAUCAACUCAUCAUUUUUACACACACAAUCCAGAUAGUAGAUCUUAUUUUAGCUUAUAAGUGUUCAUCUAUUCUUCAUGAUAGAUGAUAAAAGAGUACCCCAGUGUCUUGGCAAUAUGUUCUAGCAUAGAGAUACACAUAUAGUAUAGUUGUAUAAACUUAUACCUCAUGACUUAACCAAAAUUGUCUUAGUCUCAGUUCCUACCAUAAUGAGGGAGCCUCCCAAAUGACUCUUUUCUAAUCUACAGCAUUGCCCUGGGAGAGUUGGCCAGGGCAGGGCUGGUAUGAGGAGUGACCUUCCAAAGUCUAUUUUCCUCAUAUAUCAGUAGAGUUGUUGAAUCCUCUAGUUCUGAGCACACCUGGGCAAAGAAAGGAAAGCCACCAAAACUGCACAAGUCAUCCACUCAUUUAUGACAGAGUAGACAUGAGUCUAUCAACUAGAAUUCACACGCAGUGCCUGAGUUAGCACUGACUCCCAUAUUGGACUGAAAUGGAUCAAAGUUUGAAUCAAGGCCUAUAGUGAGAUAACAUUGCUUUGUUGUACUUUUGAGUAAGAGCUUCUCCUGAUCACUAUUAUAUAUUUUUUCUAAAAAAUCUAAAGUUAAGAAGAGAAUAUAUCGAUCCUGACUUUUAUUCCAGUAUUUGGAUGGAAUAAGUUUUAGGGUAGACUUUUGUUCAGUUUGGAUUUAAUGUUUGUGAAAAAUAAAUUCUUUGUUUACUUGUUUGAUUACAAUUCUCUUUGUUAUCUUUUUAAGACUUAAAACUUCAAGGUGACUAGCAUGUUCUGUGAAUCUGCCAUUCCUAAAAAUUUUAUAAACACUUGAUAUUUUCACUGAUAAUUGAUCGCUGCAAUAAAUAUAUAUUGUGAAAAUGCAUCCACAAUAAAUGGAAUUCCUCCAAA